GACUACGAUCAAACAAAGCACCCCACUUAUUAGAUAUUGAUGGUGAAAGAAAGCAUCCCAAGGAAUGUAGUUGGAAGGUCUCUCACCUCUCAUGCCCUACCAGCAACCUCUCAAGAAGACUUUCAGCUUGCCAUGUAAUGCCUCCUUGCUGCACAUAAAAAUAGCUAUGCCUUUUCCAGGAUUCAAACCUAUGGCCAUUGGUGUGGUAGUGACCUUAACUAACCACUAUACCAACUAUGAUUAAUUUUUUUAAUAUAGUAGUAGAAACACCUUGGAGUAGUUUCUCAUAGGGAUUCAUAUUCCUGUGUAGCAUCUGAAUCUGUUUAAAGCUUAAACACUUGCAGUAUUUUAAGAAUUAAUCUGCAGACAUUUAAGAUCUAAAAUAGAGUCAUGUAUUUAAAAUGAGCAAUACAGAACAUUAAAUCAUGAAGAAAGUUCUGUGAAUUUUCAUGAUAAAUAAGCUAAAGCAGUACAAAAAUGUAAGAAACUUUCAUUGAAUCCUUUAAGCACCAUUUUGUUCUAUGAUUUUUUGCCAUCCAGUGGCUGGCAUAGCUGGGAGGGGAGCAAGAGAGUACGCCUGUCCCCAGCAUCCAGCUGCAACAACCAAUGGGUACCAAACUGAUGUUCCGCAUUGCAUUUUGGCAAACAGAAAUGGGUGCAAAAUCUUCAAUUGUCCCAAGCAAUGAAAAUCAUUUGGUUUAUUCAUAAAGAAGCUAUCAAGGUGUUGAUUCACAGUCUCCAAUAAAGUAAACCCCAGGCUGUUCAGAGAAUUUUAAAAUAACUCAAAGAAAUGAAAAUCUCAGGAGAUAAGGUUUGGUGAAUAUUGAGAAUGGCACAGAACAUCCCAGCUAUACACAAUAAAUUUUUAUCUGGCAUUCAUUGAGAGGUGGAGCCAAGCAUUGACAUGACAGCAGACAACAUCUCGAUGAUUGGUCAGUUCUGGGCACAUUGCUUCAAUUUCUGAUUUUAAAAGUAUUACUAUCUGAUUCUCUUCACUAAGAAGUUCUCUAGCAUGGCAUUCAAAUCCCACUUGGUUUUUGUUUAUGGAACUCUGAAGAAAGGUGAACCAAAUUUUGACCUUUUAAAAAGUGCUACAAAAGGAGAAGCCAUUUAUAAGGGAAAGGCAAGAACAGUCAAAAAGUGGCCUCUAAUCAUCGCUUCAAGGUUUAAUAUUCCAUUUUUGUUGUAUCAAGAAGAUGUAGGAAAGCAUGUUAUUGGGGAAUUAUAUAAAGUUGAUGAUUCAGUGCUGACUGAAUUGGACAUUCUGGAAUGCCAUCCAAAAUAUUAUACUAGGAUGAUUGAAUCUGUAGAACUUAUUGCAAAUGAAAAUGAAGCCUCAGAGGGAAAAAUUUUGAAACCAUGGAUAUACUUUUUGAAGAAUUUUCGCCCAGAAUUACUAGAAUUACCUCACCUGGAAGAAUACUCAUCAAAAGGUCCACACGGUCUGGAGUAUGUUUCCAGUGAAGAUACCAGUGAUCCUGAAGAUAUAUAUGAGACAUCCCCUGUGGAAAAAUUGCAAUAAAGAACUUUUUUAAUGCCCUUCAAACUGAAGACUCAGAAUUUUAUGAUAUUUUGGCACAGAGAGCAUUAUAUUAAAAUAAUAAUAUAGUGAUUAUUGUUUUUUUAUGUUUCUUAUAUGAAAUAUUAUUGAUACUUUUUAUAAUGUGUUAAGAAUAGUUAUAAAUGUAUUUCCCAUUUAGAAACAUUGUCUUUAAAAUUAAUCCAUUUUGAGUCCCUUAUCAAAAAGUCCCAAUUGAUUAUUCAUCUACAAGUGAUUCUGCUUUUGGUUCAAAUAUGCAGCUAACUUGAAUUCAGUUUGAGUCAAUUUAUUCUUGCUCAUGUUGAAAAUACUCAUACUUGUGAAAUAUAUGUAACCCAUUCAAAAACCCCACCAGGGCAUGUGUCUCAUAAUUGUACAAUAGCUAAAUAUUAGUAUUUUUACUUACUGCAAAAUAAGACAUUAACCUUUGUAAACAGCCAAAAUAUUCUCCAUUUUUUUCUGAAAUUCAAGUAAAAUUGUAGGUAAUGAAACACCACUGUUAAAAAUAAUGCUGUAUAACAAGGCUUUUUUGACCCAUUAAAAUAAGAGAUAUGUCUGGAACAUACAUGUUCCUUUGGGUCUGAAAAGGGUCUUAAAUUUUCAAAGAUCUGUUAAAUUAAAAUUUUUUUAAAAAAAGUUGUAAUAAUAAAGCACAGAAUUUUGCAUGUAAAUCUUGAGAAAGGAAGAAAUUUAGAGGAAAAAUUCAAUAUUUAUAUAUACCUAGCUAACAUAUGUUUUGAGUACAACAAAAAUAAUGUCUUGCUUUUCGUAUUACAGUUAAGUUUAUAACUUUACUGAUUUUCAUACAAAUGUAUUCUUGAAUUCUAGAAUUUACCAGUCAUCCAUAUAUUUGGAUUGAGAAGGAGGAAGAAUGUCAUUAAAAAGAAUUGAAUGUUGUGGACCAUUUUUUUUAAAUGCAUGGUGUGAGGUUUAUAGAAUUCCAAUGAUCAGAGUAUCUUAUUCUUUCUCUUAACCCAAAUGAAGUCCAAAUUUUUUAAAAUUUAUUUAUGAAUUUGUACAGUAUUUUUAUUGGUUUAAAUAAUAAAAAAGAUAGUGCAGAAGAAUAUAUGUUGCUGUUAAAUUCCUGCAUUUUCUGGUGUGUAAAAUGCUUCCCAUUUUCCUGAGACAUUUGUGGAAAAAUUACACAUUUCUAAUUUAUGUUAUGGAAAAAUAAAUUAUUGUAUAAAUUU